GACGGGAGGCGGUGGAGGUGUCGGGAGGGAAUCGCCGGGCGAGGCGGGGCUGGCGCCGGGUUUCCCGCGGUCGGUGCUGGCGCGGGCGGAGGAGGAUCGCUCUUAAAGGGCCAGCCCACGCGCGUCCUUUUGUUCCGGGGCCGCAGGGCGGGGCAGGUCCAACUUUCGCCGCCUUCUUGUUUACUCUCCAGAACGGCCAUGAUUUCCCAGUUCUUCAUUCUGUCCUCCAAGGGGGACCCGCUCAUCUACAAAGACUUCCGGGGAGACAGUGGCGGCCGGGAUGUGGCCGAGCUCUUCUACCGGAAGCUGACGGGACUGCCAGGAGAUGAGUCCCCGGUUGUCAUGCACCACGAUGACCGUCAUUUCAUUCACAUCAGACACAGCGGUCUCUAUUUGGUAGCCACGACUUCAGAAAACAUUUCUCCCUUCAGCCUCCUGGAGCUGCUCUCCCGGUUGGCCACUCUCCUGGGCGACUACUGUGGCUCCCUGGGUGAGGGGACCAUUUCCCGCAACGUGGCUUUGGUCUACGAACUCCUGGAUGAAGUGUUGGACUAUGGCUAUAUACAGACCACGUCCACGGAGAUGCUCAGGAACUUCAUCCAGACGGAACCCGUGGUCAGCAAGCCCUUCAGCCUCUUUGAUCUUAGCAGUGUUGGCUUGUUUGGAGCCGAGACACAGCAGAGCAAAGUGGCCCCCAGCAGUGCAGCCAGCCGCCCCGUCCUGUCCAGUCGCACUGACCAGAGCCAAAAAAAUGAAGUUUUUUUGGAUGUGGUCGAGAGACUGUCUGUACUGAUAGCAUCUAAUGGCUCACUGUUGAAGGUGGAUGUGCAGGGAGAGAUCCGGCUCAAGAGCUUCCUUCCCAGCGGCUCUGAGAUUCGCAUUGGCUUGACAGAAGAAUUCUGCGUCGGGAAGUCAGAACUGAGAGGUUAUGGGCCAGGAAUUCGGGUUGAUGAGGUCUCAUUCCACAGCUCCGUGCACCUGGAUGAGUUUGAGUCUCAUCGAAUCCUCCGCUUGCAGCCGGCUCAGGGCGAGCUGACCGUGAUGCGGUACCAACUUUCUGAUGACCUCGCCUCCCCGCUUCCCUUCCGGCUCUUUCCCUCUGUGCAGUGGGACCGAGGCUCAGGCCGGCUUCAGGUUUAUCUGAAGUUGCGAUGUGACCUGCCCCCAAAGAGCCAAGCUCUCAAUGUCAGGCUGCACCUUCCCCUGCCUCGAGGAGUGGUCAGCCUGUCCCAGGAGCUGAGCAGCCCAGAGCAGAAGGCAGAGCUGGGAGAGGGAGCCCUUCGCUGGGACCUGCCCCGGGUGCAAGGAGGCUCUCAACUGUCAGGCCUCUUCCAGAUGGAUGUCCCAGGCCCCCCAGGGCCUCCCAGCCAUGGGCCCUCCACUUCAGCCCCUCCUCUGGGGCUGGGCCCUGCCAGCCUCUCCUUUGAACUUCCUCGGCACACAUGCUCCGGGCUCCAGGUUCGCUUUCUCAGGCUCACCUUCAGACCCUGCGGCAACGCCAACCCCCACAAGUGGGUGCGACACCUAAGCCACAGUGAUGCCUACGUAAUUCGGAUCUGAGACUCGCCAUACGAGGAUGCCAAGGAUGCCAAGGCAGCGAUUUGUUAAAUGGGAAAAUGACGAUCUUUUCUGGCCUCCUAGCCUAUGGCACUGGGUCGAGGCAGGAAGAGUCCUGAGUCUGAGUUCUGAGAGAGCAGGGGGGCUCGACGGACCCACCCCUUCGUGGUAUCCAAUGCAGGAAGGACUGAGGUGGAUCAGAACUUAUAAACCAAGCUUUUAUUCUGAGGAACUGGCUGUACAACAUCUAAAAAAAUGAUGUGGAGGAAGCAGCCUACUAUUUCCUUCCACCCCACGAGUGUGC